GAGGUGAAAAUGAAUUCAGAUCUUGGAGCCACAGAGGCAGAUUCCUCCUGGGGGACACCUGGAAGUGCUGAACCAGUUCAGAGCUCAGACCACCAGAUCCAGGACCAGGAGCUAAAUCAGGUGCCGGUUUGGGCCCCUAGUGGAAGGCGUCUGAUCUCCGGUCUGCUGGGUCUGAACAUGGUGCUGCUGGGAACGGCGCUGGUGGCCGGGCAGGCUUUCAACCCCAAGGGCCUGAAGCACCAGGAGCCCCAGGUCUUCAUGCUGCUGCUGAUGGGGGUCAGUCUGGUCUGGAUGCUGUGGUACCUGCUCUGGGCCAGGAAGCAGCCCGGCAUCUGCCCGCAUAAAGACCACCACGCCGGGGGGAUCACUGUCACCGUCGUCCUCAUGCUGUUUGCAGCGUUCAGUCUGCUGCUGUGUUUCUUCAGGGUUGGGUAUUUGAUCAACAUGAGGGAGUGUAAACCUGCUGCUAAAGUGAUCUCUCCGUUCAUAGAGGCACCUUUUCUCGCGCUGCAGACGUAUUUGCUGUGGGCUCACUCCAAAGACUGCAUCCACAGACACAAGAUAAUCACCAGGUCCGGUCUGAUGCUGAUCCUCUCGGCCGACCUGCUGCUGUGGCUGAACGCGGUGACGGAGGACACCAUCCACGAGGAGAUCGAGUUAGAAAGUGAAGACGGGCUCGACUUCAGCAACACAAACUCAUCUGAAGCAGAAAACUCUGAUGUAGCAGGUUUCAUGAACUCGACCUUCUGUCAGUGCAGUGCGAGUGCAGCCUGCCUCACCUUCAGGAAAGGCUUCGAGAUCCUCUACCCCUUCAACAUGGAGUUCUACCUGAUGGCCGGCUGCAUGGUCUACGUGAUGUGGAAGAACGUGGGCCGCGGGAUGAGUCCGGCUCACCAGCACCACUCCACCCAGAAGCUCACCCUCCGCGUGGUGUACCAGGGCGGCGUCGUGUUCGGCCUCGUGUUUGGCGCCCUGGUGCUCGCGGCGGGCGUGGUCGUCUUCAUCCUCUACCAGGUCUGGGUGAGCCAGCGGCGGCUUCGCCUCACUGCCUUCCUCAUCUUCUAUGGCUACCACUUGGCCGUCAUGCCCAUCAUGUCCUUGUGCUCGCUGGUGGGGAUGCUGGUCCACAGGUUGGAGAGGAGGGCGAACGAGGAAGGGCACAACCCGACUCGUAGCCUGGACGUGACGCUGCUGGUGGCGGCGGCGCUGGGCCAGCUCGCCCUGUCGUACUUCUCCCUGGUGGCGGCCCUGGCGGUUGGGACCGGUGGGCCCUUGGGCGACCUUGACCUGUCCUACUCCCUCCUCAGCCUCCUGGAGCUCAUCCUCCAGAACAUCUUCAUCAUCGAGGGCCUCCACCGACACCCGAACCUGCUCACCAAGAAGAAAGAGAGGCAGCGGAGCAGGAUAUUCAAGCUAAAGAAAAAGGUUGCAGUGCCAAUAGAAGAAGAGAGGAAGACUGAUAUUUCACUCCUGGAUGGGAACACACCAACUGCUGCCAAAGAGCAUGAUGGGAAAAACCCCUGGACCAAAAGAGCGACACAAGAAAUCUGUUCUUUCCUCAUCCUGUCUAACAUUAUGCUGUGGGUCAUCCCUGCGUUCGGAGUCCACCCGCAGUUCGAGAACGGCCUCGGGAAACAGUUUUUCGGCUUCUCGGCCUGGUUCGUUCUGGUGAACUUGGGUCAGCCGCUCAGCGUUUUCUACAGGAUGCACUCAGUGGGAGCGCUAAUGGAGCUGCUCAUCUCUGCGUGA